AUCCAGCUUUGUGGUAUCUUUAAAUAUCAAUCUAACUGUUGUCUACCUCCAAACACACCCUAAAUCAAAAACAAUUUGGAGUACACUCAAACAAACCCACCAAGAUGGGUAAAAGAGCUUUCCUUAUUGUCCAUGCCUUCUUCGUCUUAUUCAGCUUUGGUUCCUCAAAGGCUGAAAUGGUUUCUGCCGUUUAUGUGUUUGGAGACUCACUUGUUGAUGUGGGCAACAACAAUUACUUGACUCUUUCCAUUGCUAAGGCAAAUCAUCGUCACUAUGGUGUUGAUUUUCCUACACACAAACCAACAGGGAGAUUUAGCAACGGCAAGAAUGCUGCAGAUUUUGUUGCUGAGAAAUUGGGUUUUCCAACUUCACCACCUUACCUGUCCCUUAUAACAUCAAAGGCCAACAAAAACAAUGCAUCCUUCAUGGAUGGUGUUAGCUUUGCCUCUGCAGGUGCUGGAAUAUUUGAUGGUACAGACGAACGUUAUAGACAAUCAAUACCGUUGAGAAAACAAAUGGACUACUACUCAAUUGUGCAUGAGGAAAUGACUCGAGAAGUAGGAGGAGCAGCUGGUCUACAGAAGCAUCUCUCAAAAUCAAUAUUCGUUGUGGUGAUUGGCAGCAAUGAUAUAUUUGGAUACUUUGAAUCAUCGGAUCUUCGUAAGAAAAGCACCCCACAACAGUAUGUGGAUUCCAUGGCUUUCUCACUAAAAGUGCAACUACAGCGAUUAUACGAUCAUGGUGCUCGCAAAUUUGAGAUUGCGGGAGUUGGGACACUUGGAUGCUGCCCUGAUUUCAGGCUGAAGAACAAAACGGAAUGCUUUAUAGAAGCCAAUUACAUGGCGGUAAAAUAUAAUGAAGGCCUUCAGUCCAUGUUGAAGGAAUGGCAAUCGGAGAAUGGAGGCAUAAUCUACUCCUAUUUUGACACUUUUGCUGCCAUCAACGACCUUAUUCAGACUCCAGCUUCCUACGGAUUUAGUGAGGUAAAAGGUGCCUGUUGUGGACUGGGUGAGCUGAAUGCUAGAGCUCCCUGCCUGCCAUUGUCAAACCUUUGUCCUAACAGACAAGAUCACAUCUUCUUUGACCAAUUCCACCCUACGGAGGCAGCUGCUCGUUUAUUUGUUAAUAAACUUUUUGAUGGCCCUUCAACUUACACCUCUCCCAUUAAUAUGAGACAGCUAGUAGCUGCCUAGCUGAAGCUGACGAUUGAUUUUAGCCCUUCAUCAAUGACAUUUUUUUUUAUCUAACUCAAUAUCAAACGCCAAGUGUGGUGUUGGGACGAAAAAAAUACUACUAGAUUUGUUACCCCGUAGAGUAAUCUAAGUAGGCUUCAUGAAAAGUAAUCACUGGCUUGCCAAAUGUAUUAUUUUACUUGAAGUAGAUUAUAUACUUAGAUUAACAUAUGUUGAACGAAAGAGAAGUAAAUUAAAUUGUCACAAAUAAUAAAAUAAAAAUAGAAGUUUAAUGUCGA